AUGGCGGAGCAGCUUGCUUCGGUGCCGGAGGAGAGCGCCACCGCCACCGGCUUCACGGCUCCCAACCCACAGCCACCGCGCAACACCUACCGCGACCGGAUCCGGAAAGUCCCUGUGUCCGGAGCGCCGAAAAAAUGGACUCUUGUGCCCCUUUCCCAGUCCGGCCAUAAGGGAUCCAGCUACUCAAGCUCCGGUGCCUCCAAUUCUUGCCCGUCCAACAACUCCGACAGCUCCUGCAGAACCGUUCCGGUAUUCGCCCCCUUGGCGGACAAUGAUGAGCUCAUGCGGAUUGCUCGCCAAAUGUUCAGCGAUGGGUACACCCGGCACAUGGUCCAAGCAUUCGACGACACAUCAUCUGCACCAGCAUUCAAAUAUGGUGGCGUCCCAGACCAUGCCCUGGAGAACUGGUUCUUAGAGCUCGACGUCGACUGGGUUCUCCAAAUUCAUGACAAGCAUGACUUACGGCGGCUGCUGCAAGACAAGCCGGCAUCGACGCUGCAAGACUUGGUUGAGAGGUGGAUCCGGGCCCUUACGGUAAUUGUCACCAGUAUCACUGAAUUGGUACUCGCUUUCCACGGGACACCGGCGGCCGCGCGGUUUGGCAAAGCGAGCAUCACUGAGAUGUUCGUCUUCGUGGACACCAUCAUCCCUCUUCUCAAAGCCGAGAAGCUUCACGUCGUGCUUGACAUGUUCAUCUGUGUCUCAGGUGCGUCAUUCAUGUUUACGCCAGCCAUGAUAUCUCCAGAAGUCCAAAACAUGUUCAGUGAGAUAGGCAGCUCGUUAGAGAAGGAAGGGAACAAGCUAAGCGAGGCCAUAUCAAGCACUAUGGGGGAGGUGAGAGCGCUCAUGGAGGACGACGAGUCGUGGGAAGUCGAGAUCAAGCGAGGAGGAUGCGAGGUUCACACGAACACUCGGUUCAUCAUCGAUUGUGUUGUGUUGAUGAGAAAAGCACAGGCUUCGACGGAGAACUCCACCGGGAACCAUAACACUGGAAAUCUACGUGACCUAAUAGAUGACACGAUCGAUUAUCUGAAGGGUCUGCUCUUGACAAAAUCAAAGCUGUGCUCAGAUCCAAGUCACAGGUACCUGUUCCUGCUCAACAAUUUGUAUUUUCUAUCGCAAGUGUCCGAGCCAUCACUGUCGUUAGAUAUUGAGCUGUGCCCUGGAAACAUCGAAAUUGAACUUACGCCUGAGUGUGAGAAGUACAUGGAUAUGUAUCUGGAUGUUUUCUGGUGACGUGUGAAAUCCUGCAUGCCAGAACCGGGUCUUUGUCUUGCACUGAUUUAUCAUUGGAAUAUCUUUUCACUCCCUUCACUGGAUAAAUUCCAUUCAGCUUUUCGUAAAACAUAUCAUGCCCACAAGUUCUGGAAGGUUCCGGACCCUAGGCUCCGAUCCUUACUGCGGAAAACUAUCGCCAAAACAGUCAUUCCAGAUUACCACGACUACCUGAAGGAGCGCCCAGAGCUAGAAAAACACAUUAGUGGCGGAAGCAACAGUCCUAACGCAUUGGAGCAGCUGUUGGAAGAACUAUUUGAAGGAUGAAAACGGCUUGACACCUGGAACAGAGUCACCCAACAAAUAACAAUAAGAGGCCAGAGUUAUGUUCUAUCAUUGUUUUUGCAUUCCUUGUCCUUUUAAGGUGAAGUUGUAUUCUGAACUUUGUCGGUAGCUUAAGCCCCAGAUGCUAUAUCAACUGGCCACAAUCUGUGGGUGUGUUUUGUUUGAUUUAGUGAUUCCAUGUCAAGAUACUUCCACAUUCUGCCUCUGCGUCAAUGUCAUACUAGAUAAUUGCCACCCAUGUUUAGU